AUGGCCCGACACCACAGGAAAUCAUCCUCCAGUCUUGUCUCAAUGUUGCGAUCCGAGUCGGACAGCAGCUGUGAUGGGUUGUCGUCCUCCGAAGAAUCAUCCGUCUCAUCUGUAGAUGAGUUGUCUUCUUUGGGGUCUCGAAAGGGGUCGGCUAAGCCUAAAAAGCUUGAGAAAAAGUCUAUGAAAAAAUCUACCAGUAAGGUUACCAAUGACAAGAAAGGAUCAGGACCUACUCGGAGUGGGAGGGAUGAGUGUAUGCAUGUCGCACGCUGGAUCCCUCGUGGUAUCGACAUGUUCGUCAUCCUCAAGGAUACCUUUCGUAUUGCCAGGUAUAUGGAAGCUGAAGAAGCUGCCAAGACCUCAACCGAAUCUGAGGAUGAAGACCUCAAGAGAGAGCGAAAAGAUGCUCUCAGUGUCGUGACUAAAGAUGCUCAAGAGCGUCACUUGCGGACCUACCAGAGGAUCAUCUUCGCCGCCCCUUACCUCCGCACUCUCAUUCGAGGUCGCCACAACAGGAACAAGCUGGAAACGGAGUUGAACAGUAUUUUAUCUGAGGAAAUCAUCGGCCAAAUCCGCUCUGAGGAUGCCAGUCACCUCAAACCAUUCAUUGGUAACUAUGUGGUCGCCCAACCUGAGGUCAAGGGACUGGAACCUCCGAUUUUUUCGGAGAACAAGAAGUCCUGUGCUAGAAUGGGUGUGAAUCACCCACAGCUGGCGGGCAUGUUGUGUCCGGUCAAGUACGUGAACGCAUACCACGCUGAUCCGAAGAAGGUACAGGAACAGCUUCAAAACGGUGAAAUCAGGAUGAACGCAGGUGCCUGGCCUGCACUAGCAUACCCUGGUGAUCCUCCAGGUAUUGAUUUCGACGUCGAAGACAUUCAGGAAGGUCUCCUCAGAGGUCACCUUCUGAAGUGCGUAUUUCGGCACAUCUAUACUAGUCUGUCAUCCGCCCUCAUUGAAGAUGGAGAGCUGUCUGUCACGCGCUCUGGCAAUGCGAAACUACACGGCAUGUAUAAAGUCGAGGCCAAACACAUUGCCUAUGCACUUGUUCAGAGUCGCUUUGGGAUCUCGUCACGUGACAAAUGGCAAGAGAUGGAUGGGAACUACAGCUACUGCGACGCAUACUACCGCACCAUCAAAGCAAUCCGAGAGCCGUUCGAUGAAGCGUGGGCCGAGGAACUGUUGGAAUGGUGGAACAAGACGGUCUUUGGCAAUAAACGGGGUGUCCCGUUGUUCGACGUCAUUGAUGACGACGAGGAUGACGACGACCUCGUUCUCAUGAGGAAGCAAUCUGCAAAGCGUGCAGUGGCACAAGUCAAGUCUGCCGCCUCUGUCAUUCCCCCAGUCGAAGCCGAGCCUACUGGCGAUCCCGACAUUUCGACAGUGCAUCCUUCCACGCCCACUACCAUGACUUCCACGCCCGCUACUUCCACGCCCACUACCUCCCCGCCUGCUACCUCCACGCCUGCUACCUCCACGCCUGCUACCUCCCCGCCUGCUACCUCCACGCCCGUUACCUCUAUGCCAACUACCUCCCCGCCAACUAUUUCUCCACCUCCCAAGAUAGCCACUCUUUCCCCGCAGCGGAAAUCCAUCCCCAAACCACGUCCCAUCCGACCAGCUGGCACGAGCUCCUCUUCCGCACCAUCUGUCCCCCCUCCGAAGCCUGAUACCCCUGCUCCUACAUCCGACAAGAGCAAGAAACGAAAGUCAGAGGGGUUGGAGGUUGACGGCGACAGUGAAAGCUCACUCAGCGAAGCCGAGUCCGUGCCUGACAGCCCAGUUGUUUCAAAGCGUGGCAGGAAGGGCCGAAAGAAGACUACCGCCACCGCUACUAAGAAACGCAAAGGAAGAAAGUAG